AUGAUGAUGAUCGGCAGCCCCUCGUGCGGAGGAGCUCCCAAGAGGAGAGCGUCGAGCAGAGGAGUGGGGGGCGCCAUCAGAGAGCGGAGAGCUCGGCUCUACAUCAUCAGGCGCUGCAUAGUCAUGCUAUUGUGCUGGCACGACUGA